AUGAUCACAUUUUGGGCCUUUCUGGUUCUAUGUUCUACUUCUCUGGAUACAUAUUUGAGUGAUAACAGAGUUUCUGUAACUUUGGUUCCAAAAUGGAAAAAUACACCUCUGUUAUCAGAAACCAGUGAAUAUGUUGCUCGUGAAUCAAACUCUGCAUUUUGGAGAUUUUUGGAUCUUAUUUCAAAGGACUUGGACUUCAUAAGGACAAAUCUUAUUCCUCCUGCAGAUGAUUACCUUUUGCUAUCUAAGAAUAGAUUGUUGGAGAAACGAGUUAAAGAGCUUGCCAUUCAGGCUAUUAGUGCUACUAGUUUAAAUAAUAGCUCUUUAGAAAUCCAUAAUCGGCUGUUUACUUUGUCCGUCUCAUCUAGAAUGUUUUCACCCACAGUUGAAAUGUCCCAUCAACUUGCUCUGACUGAUGCAAGUUAUUUGUUAAAUUGCUCACGUGAGACUGUUCUAUCUGAAUUAAAACGCCGAACCUCCGGAGUAGCUUGGGUUCUUGCCGGGUCAGAUGCCGUUUUUUCCAUUGACAAACUCAAAGAAUCUAUUGAGAAAGUUGUAGAUCCUAAUUCACAACCAACUUUAUUUCCACUUGAAAAAGUGUAUUCAUCACCAAAAGAUACUUCUAAUAACAUUCCUACAGUAAUUCUAUAUGGGGAUUUAAGUCAUCACGAAUUUUACUCAUGGCAUAGAAGUUUAAAAGCAUUGUCUGAUGAUGGUCUAUGUAAUUAUGCAUUCAGACAUUAUUUCCAGAACCGAGAUUUUAGUGAAACAAGUUUAAAUGGUUAUGGUGUAGAACUAGCUUUGAAAAGCACUGAAUAUAAAGCUAUGGAUGAUACAAAAUCAGAAGAAUCAGAUAAUGUAUCAUCAAAAGAAACGGAUAAAAUUGUUGAUGUACCAAUUGUUGCAGGAUUCAAUUUUACACAACUUCGAAAUAUUCAUCCAGAGUUAACUAAACAACUCAAUGAAUUUCAUAGUCAUUUAUUAACUACAGAUGAUGAAUUACGUCCAUUGAAAGCUUGGCAAUUUCGUGAUUUAAGCUUACAGGCUUGUCAAAUAGUUAUGGAUGGAUUUUUAUCAAAUAUGAAACAUGAAGGUUUUAUUGGGUCGUAUAUUAAUUUAGGCUUAUGGAGUUUACGUGAUAUCAGUCAAAAUUUACCAGCACGUGCGAGCCGUCUUGUCAAUGUAAAUGUUAAUUCAAGUCUUCGUACAGAGUCAAGUAAAAAUCAACACAUUCUAACUGGAACAUACGGUAUACAACCUGGUCAAAGUUUACUUCUUCUAAAUGGUAUUUUACUUUCACCUUCUGUUGAUAUAUUUGCUUUAUUGGAUGUUAUACGUCAAGAGUCUAAAAUGAUGACACAACUACAUGAUUUAGGCAUACCAGGUUCUAAUAUUUCACAGCUAAUCAUUGAAUAUGGUUCUUCUAGCGGUUCUGCUACCAAUAAAAAUGAUCCAAAUUUACCAGGUUCAAGACAUAGUAUAUCUAAUCAAUUUGUACUGGAUUUAUCCAAUGCACCAAUUAUUUAUAUAAAUAAUUUAGAAACUGAUCCAGCCUAUGCUUAUUGGCCAUCUUCUCUGCAUACAUUAUUCAAUUUUGAUUUUUCUGGUGGUCUACGUAGAAUACGUAAAAAUUUGUAUAAUGUUAUUCUGAUAAUUGAUCCCGUUUCAUUUGAAAGUCGUGAAAUGUUAAAAUUGACAGAAUCAUUUCUUCUUCAUAUGACCCCAGUACGUUUUGGUAUUAUCUGGGCAGUAAAUCCUAAAUUAAAUUCAACUAGUCUUAUAUUAACCCGUAUAUUUUCAUAUAUAUCAUCUACUAUAAUGAAUUCACAUGAAUCACCAUUUCCUGUUCAAAUCAAUGGUUUAGGAUCACCUGGUCCUAUGGCAGCAUUGUCAUUUUUAACAGAAAUUUAUGCUAAUGCUGAAAAAUCAAAUAGUGAAUUAAGUAUUGAUUUAAUUAAACGAAAAUUUGAGAAAUUAUUUCCAACCGCUGAUUCUGAUGAUAUAUUUACACCGGAAUCUGGUAAUAGUGAUUAUGAUAAGGAAGUUAAUUCCCACCAUGAAUUUCUUAUUCGUUCUGGACUCCAGUCAAUCAAGAAGAUUCCACUAAUACUUUUUAACGGAAUUAUAUUAGAUAAUGAUGGGAUUAAAAAAAUUGGUGGUUUCGAAGAUACUGUUGUUACUCUGUCCAUGGAAGAAUUAAUGCACGUACAGUCAGCUGUAUUUCAAGGUCAAUUGAGUAAUUCUCAGACAAUAUUUGAUUUAUAUCAAAAGACAGCAACUAUUGUUCCACGAUUUAAUGUACGAUUAUUAAAUAAAAAGAAGGAUAAUUCAAAUCAAGGACCUCUUAAUUCACCGAAGUACAUCAACUUCAAUGGAUAUUCUAUACCAAUGGGCAUAUCCGAUGAGAAUGUACUACCCACGUCACAGUUGCUAAAAUCUUUUAUGGACCAAAUGCGCUAUUUUCAAAAAGGAGAUUUAGAGGCAUCUAUUCGACCAGUUACAAUGUGGAUAGUUAUCGGUGAUUUGGAUCAAAUUCUCGAUUCAAAUCUACCUGAAGAAUAUCGUCUCCAACUUCAAAUGGAUUGCAAUUUAGCUCUAAAUGCAUUAACAUUUCUACGUAGCGCUCAUUCUACAAAAGGUUUACGUAUUGGUUUCGUAUAUAACCCAUUAAAAAUAACUAAAGAAGAAAAGAAAUCAACUGAUCAUUGGUUAACACGUGUACUUUAUCUUGUUGGUAAUCCAAUCAAUAUAACAUCACCAUUAUCUAAUCAACUGAAUAAUGAAAUAAUAGCAAAACGAAAAUAUGCUGAACAAAUGUCAGGACGUAAUUUUGCUAUACGUCUUAUCAAGGAAAUAUUGGAAUCAAUCAAAACUUCUAAACCUAUGAAAUCUUUAGAAGAACUUUUAGUUUCAGGCAUGGAUUCCAAACAGAUACAUGAUGCUAUUCAAUUAUUUGAUAGAAAUAGUUUUAUGCAAAUGCACUCAACUAUUGCCUGUCAGAUUAUUGGUCUGAAACCCGGUGAACGAGCUGUUGUUGUGAAUGGUAAAAUAGUCGGUCCAUUCGAACCAUUUGAAGAGUUUCUGUCUGAUGAUUUUCGUCUAGCAGAACGUUUAGCAUUAGAUAAUGGUGCUAAAGAGCUUGGUGAUAAACUGGAAAAAAUUUUAGACACAACAGCUGGAGCUCCUGAUAUUAUCUCUGAACUCACUUGGCAGUUAUCUUCAGUGCUCCAAUCAGGUAUUGAAGCUACCAGUUCAGUCAUAUCUGAGACGUCUUCCGUAGAUGGGAUCUCCGACAAAAGCCAAAAUGGACAUAGAAUAUUUCUUCAUGGUGUAUCAUACAAUCAUUCAGGUUUCAUUAUUCACGGAAAUAAAAAUGAACCAAAUUUUGAAUUAGUAGCUAUCAUAGAUCCGGCUUCUCGUGAUGCUCAACGUCUAUCUCAUAUACUGAUUGUACUACAGCGCUCUUUGCCAUGUACUGUAAAAGUUUUAUUCAAUCCAUCACCUUCGUUAUCUGAACUACCAGUGAAAAGUUUUUAUCGUUUCGUAUGGGAACCAUCAUUGUUUCCAGAAAAUGAAUCUAUACUCAAUCCAUCUGUUAUUGUACCUCGUGCUUAUUUUACUCACUUACCUGGUCAAUCUUUGCUUACAUUGGGAAUGGAUGAACCACAUGGUUGGAUGGUUGCUGCUAUUAAAGCUGUACAAGAUCUAGAUAAUCUACGCCUAGUUGAUUAUCACUCUACACAACAUUUAGUGGAAGCUGUUUUCGAAUUAGAAUAUCUGUUACUUGAAGGUCAUUGUAUGGAAGAGGGGAGUAUGAAACCUCCACGUGGACUUCAAUUUACGCUUGGUCCCACACCAACUACUAUUGAAUAUGAUACAAUUGUUAUGGCUAAUUUGGGUUACUUUCAACUCAAAGCCAAUCCUGGCGCUUGGCAUUUAAAUAUUCGUGCGGGAAAGUCACAAAAACUUUAUGAAAUAUCCGGCCAAGAACAUACUGAUACAUCUGUUAAUCCUAAAGAAAUUAUCACAUUGAUUAGUAAUUUCCGUUCUAAAAUCAUUGAAGUCUCUGUUAAUAAACGUGCCGAAUUUGCCAGUGAAAGUAUGUUAGACGACAGUUCUGAAGAAUCAAAUAAUUGGUUAAAUAAACAUUCAGAAGUUUGGUCCACAUUAUCGAAUUAUGCUGAUGAAUAUUGUCCUUCUUGGUUUAGUGGUCUAAAACAUUCAAUUGCAUCUCAUUUGCCUUGGCAUAAAUGUGCUUCAAAUCAAGAAACUAUCAACAUUUUCUCCGUUGCCUCUGGUCAUUUGUAUGAACGAUUAUUAAGAAUUAUGAUGUUAACUGUAAUACGACAUACCAAUUCCCCUGUGAAAUUUUGGUUCCUUAAAAACUAUCUUUCACCAACAUUUAAAGAUUUUAUACCAUAUAUGGCAACAGAAUAUGGUUUUGAAUAUGAAUUUGUUCAAUAUAAAUGGCCACGUUGGUUACAUGCUCAAACUGAGAAACAACGUAUUAUAUGGGGUUAUAAAAUUCUAUUCCUUGAUGUUCUAUUCCCAUUGAAUGUGACCAAAAUUAUAUUUGUGGAUGCUGAUCAAAUUGUUCGAGCGGAUCUAAAAGAAUUAGCCGAUCUGGAUUUAGAUGGUGCUCCAUACGGUUACACACCAUUUUGUGAUUCUCGUAAAGAAAUGGAUGGUUUCAGAUUUUGGAAACAAGGCUAUUGGGCUAAUCAUUUAGCUGGUCGACCAUAUCAUAUUUCAGCUUUAUAUGUUGUCGAUUUGACAAGAUUUCGUCGAUUAGCUGCUGGUGAUCGACUCCGUGGUCAAUAUCAUGGUCUAAGUCAGGAUCCAAAUAGUUUGUCUAAUCUAGAUCAAGAUUUACCUAAUAAUAUGAUUCAUCAGGUUCCAAUUAAAUCAUUACCUCAAGAAUGGUUAUGGUGUGAAACAUGGUGUUCUGAUGAAAGUUUAGCUAAAGCGAAAACUAUCGAUCUGUGUAAUAAUCCACGUACAAAAGAACCGAAGUUGACUGCAGCAAUGCGUAUCGCUCCGGAAUGGGUUGAUUAUGAUCGUGAAAUUAAAAAAUUGUGGAAACGUGUCUACGUCUCUCCUGAAAGCAGCAGCAGUAGUAGUAGUAGUGCAACUUCUGCUUCUGAAUUUUCUACAGUUUCAACCACUGCUGAACCUACACAUUUGAAAGAAAGUCCAGUAGAAGGCUCAAAAAUUGAUGAUGAUACAGUGAAAACGGAAUUGUAGGUAUUUGUUUUUAUCACCAGAUGUUUUUUGCUUCUGAUGACAUUCAUCCAACUAUAUAUUUCACCAACUAGCCAUAUGUAAAUUAAAACCUGUAUUUUCUUUGGCUGUGUGUAUGUCACUUUUCCUAAGUACUAUUGAAGAUAAGCUUUUUUUCAACUAUUCAUUUCUUUUUUACACCAAUUCAUUAAUUAUCUAUUUCAAGAGAAUCUUCUUCGAUUAUUGGCGAUUCUUGAUUCAUAAUCUCCUUCCUUUUGUCACUCGCUGCUUAUAUCAUUUUUCAUAGUCUUUGUAUUCACAUGAACUGUUGUGUUGCAUUCCUUUCUUCCUUCAAUACAAAGAAAAACAAGUUCUCAAACAAGAAAAUGCCCAUUUUUAUUGUACUAUGUACAGUCUGUAAUAAGCUCAUUGACAUGCAUAUAUAGUAUUUUUAUUGUUUUAAUUGUAUCAAUGUACUUUUUUGAAGUAUUAGUUAAACAUUGUAAACAAACUUAUAGUUUUAUGAAUUUGUUAUGGUAGAUACCAAUUGCGUUCGUUUAUUUAUUUAUUUAGACACAUAAACAUUGGUAUAUAGUGGUACCGAAGUAUACAUGUCACACACAUAUCAUUAAAUUUGUAUGUGGGCGGGAAUAUUGCUGGGCUGCUCAAACGAAAGUAGGUGAUUUUAUUAGGGAGCCAAUCCCCGUGCCUUUUACCUAGAGCUCUUAUACACAAUAGUGGAGCAACUUUAGGAGAUGCUAUUUUGUGGUAGACGAUAACCAAGAAUAAGUUCAUAUGCUAUUUGUUUCCUCAGUAUCCUGAAGUCCUCCUGCAAUAUUAGUUUGAGAUCAGAGUUUUCCAACUGCCUCCGUACUCACCAAUCCGGUUUAAGCACCGGACAUUCGAUUUUCGUCUUCUCGUUUUCGUAAGCGACACCGCCACAAGGAGGUAGUUACUAGGAUUUCUUUGAAAAUGGCUAUGCUCGCGUGGACAUAUGAAAUCAUGUUUAUAUAUAUGCAUGUACAAUGUUUAGCAUUUUCCAUUCAUUUAGUGAGUGAAUGCUACAUACAGGAGAAUAAUUUUCACUGAGGAUUACAAUUAGAGUUCUAGCUCUCAAAUUAUUUAUCGAUUGAUUUUCAUUCAACAAGUCGGCAUGUGCCACAUUCUCGUGGUCAUAGAGGAUAUAUGUAGUUAGCUUUAAAUAAAUAAAACUAAGCCCCUAUGAAAAACAAUACAUAUUUACAGCACCCAUUAGCUAAACAAAAAUGUUAGAAAUUGCACGUUUAAUGAACUUUGAAAAUAAGAUGGUUUCCUCACAUCUUGAUUGUUCACUCAAAAUUCAUCCCGUCACAAACAACCGACCAACAUUAGAAAAGCAAGUCAAAUGUAUUUUAUUGUUCAUGCUCAAAGAGUCAUGUAUUAUUAUCAGUAUAAAAUGUAAAACAACGACACUGUAUAAAAAGGUCUACACGGAUAUAGAAUUAAGACGUUUGUGUACAAAGCAUUUUUGUAAUUAAUCAAUUAUCAUUUAUAAAUGUCGGAAGUUAUCGCAGAGGUUUACUAAUCAGAUGAAAACUUACAAUUAGGAUAACAGUAGAAAUACCAAUGGCUUAUGGUAAUUGUCUUACAGCUAACAGGUGGGAUCCAGGACGCACAUUUCGUCCUAUUUCAAACUCGUCACCUAGGUGUACCUGCAUUGAUAUCCACACUGAAACUCUAGUCCACUGCCGAUCGUUCUGAAAACCCAAAGCGUUAUCUACUAAGCUACUAUUGUAGUGAACGAAAACUUGGUGGGGUUAAUCAAUUUAUUGUUAAAUGCAAAAUUAGAGUGCUUUCUUAAUAUAUGGAAACCACACAUUAAAUAUAGUUUGCACAUCUUACUUCAAUUAUCCUUUGCAUGUCUCACGAUUCUUUCAAUUCUGCAUUUAUUACAAUUACUCUCUGUUUUCCUUCCUGUUCUCUUCGAUUCAGUCCUCUGCUGGUAGGCAUUCCACUUCUGACUGGAAUGACUGAUAUGCUUGAUACGAGUUCACCCUACUCGGUAAAUGGAACGAAGGUCAGUGACACGAUAGGCUGAUUCUAAUCCGUUGUCCCCGAUUCUGCUAUCUAGAUCAAGAAGUCUUGAUGAGACGUAGAGAAUGUAUUCUACAAGCACUCAGAAAAUACGAGGUCGCUAAGCACGCAAAUCAAGCUUAUUUAUACAAUGAUAGAAACGCCCAUGGGAGCGCCACAAAAUAACGUACUGAAAAUAUUCGUCAACCAAUGACAGUUAAGGAUUUCCGAGUGGGAAAUGUAAGCUGUAUGUCAACUAAGCGUUUCUUGGCGCGAAAACAUAAAGUUCGAAUUUUCAGAAUAAAGUUACAAAAUGAGGAACUUUUUCCAAGUGAGUUCUGGGGAUCUAACUUCCUCAAUAGUAGCAUACUACUAAUAUCUGUCAACAUAAGUAGCAUACACCACACUAAGUCCACAUAUUAGCUUGUUCGAUGAAUGUGAAGACAAUAAUAGUGUUUUGUAAUUCACUAUUGCUUAUAUUAGGGACUACAAUUAUACAGUCUUUUAUGGAGAACAAGAACCGACCUAAAUUAUACAGCUAUUAAAAACGUAGUAGCUUCAGACGUCUGUUCUGUUCUAGUAUGGGACUCCUCUGCUGAGAAGUCAUUCAGUACUUCUAAACAAUCUCCGUUAGCAGAUGUCCAUUUUGAGCGAAAUUAACGCUACAUGCUGACAUAUGACAACAGAUUUGCUAGGAAAACUCAAAAUAAAACCCAAAUAAGUUGAAAUAAUAACCAUUUAUUUAAUAAUACGAAAACGUACUUAUAUAUUUACAAGGUCAAGGUCAAAAUAUUUAAUCGUACACAAAAUGAAACAAAAAAAAUACAUUUUCAACGAGGUCAUCAAAAACAUAAUUGAAAUUUUACUAUUGAUUAACAAAUGGAUCAGUGGUUCAGUGACUUUUUUACUUUCAACUGUCAGAUCAUAAUGUUGAACACGGUAACAAUGGUUAAGGCAAUCUGAUUGUAUCAGAUUUUAUUUCAUAUAGUUAAUAUUCUUCACUGCCAAGUUUAUAAACCUCGCUCGCGAAAUAAGUUAUAUUAAAGUAGUUAGACGAAUGAUCUUGUUACUG